AUGUCGCUGAUAAGUACGCUGAACAAGGCACGAACCUCCUCGGUUCCACCCUCAAGGAGCGCGCCCUUGCUGAAUCUGUGGCUGGAAGUGGAAUCUCAGAACUACAACCCCCCUAUUUCUGGGCUGAUAGCUGAGAAGAUUUUCAAGCCUAGGAAGGGACUGGCUACGGACGAGGUUAAGGCAGCUGAAUACAAGGCAAAGCUUUCUCAAGUCCUUGACGUGUACGAAGCACGCUUGGCUUCAAAUGACUACCUGGCUGGCUCCUCCUUUUCCCUCGCGGAUCUGGUGGUAGGCCUGGGAGCAUCAGGCAGAGCAGCAGCGCGCCUUGCCCUAGCAAGAGGAGCUGCUGCUGUGAUCGGCCUGGACAGGAGGACAGACGCGAAGCUACUGGAGGACGAUCCAAGCGUAUGGGACGGGCUUCCAGACCCCGUCUCCUCUCCCCCCCUCGUCUCCCGCCUCUCCACCCAUCUGGGUCCCCACACCCUCCCCCUCCUCCUCUCUGCCUCCCUCGUCGUCCUCUCCCCUGGUGUACCGCUUUCAGAGCCCACAAUAAGCCAGGCACUUUCUCAGGGCGUGCCGAUGCUGUCUGAGCUGUCAUUCGCCUAUGACAGCCUGCCACCUGGACUGCCCAUGGCUGCCGUCACAGGGACCAACGGCAAAUCCACCGUUGCCACGUUUGCAGGCCAGAUUCUGGAGUCCAUUGGAAUCCACACGUUUGUGGGCGGCAAUCUGGGCACGCCCCUCUCGCUGGCAGCCCUCGAUUUUGUCACAUCCUCACAGCAUGGUCACAGUGACAGCUCCAAGCGCUUCCAGGCAGCAGUGGUGGAGGUGAGCAGCUACCAGAUGGAGUUGCCUGGAAGGUUCCGUCCCAAGGCUGCAGUCAUUCUGAACCUCACCCCGGACCACCUGGAGAGGCACGGCAACAUGGAGAGCUACGGGGCAGCAAAGUGUCGUCUGUUUGCGCAUAUGGGGGAAUCUGACGUGGCAAUCAUCCCAUCAGGUGAUCCUCUGCUCACGCGGCUAGCAGGGGAAGCAGGGGGGCACCCCAGCAUGGCGUGGCUGGGAAAGCUACCUGGGUGCACUGUGAACCAUGCUGAGAGAACGGCUCUUCUGCAGCUGCCACUCUCCACAACUAGUGCCAGUGCUGACAGUGGCAGGGAGAGCAGCAGUGGGGGCAGGGAGAGCAAGGAGAGCAGCAAGGGGCACGGCAGCAGCACAGGAGACCAAGACCCUGUGCUGGCUCUGGAUCUGUCCACGUUACAGGCUGUGGGGAGGGACAGCAGCAGUGGGGACGGUGGGGCAAGGGAGAGCAAGGCCCCUGUGCUGGCUCUGGAUCUGUCCGCGUUACAAGCUGUGGGCAGGCACAACGCGGAGAAUGCGGCUGUAGCGGCGCUGCUGUGCCUGGCGCUGGGGAUGGAGAGCAGUGGAGUGCGGUUGGACGGGGUGCAGAGUGCUGUGAGGGUGCUGCAGCCGCCACCACACCGCAUGGAGCUGGUCGGGGUGCUGCAGCCGCCACCAAAAGCCGCCCCGCAUGGAGCUAGGCUGAGGGAUUUUGGAUGGGUAGUGCUGCUAGGCAUAUCUCCUCCUGCCUUGCCUUCUUCCCUCUCCCCUUUCUCCCCUCUCAUCCCCAUCCUUUGUCCAGUGGUUGUGGAUGGACAGGAUCGCGCGUGGAUCAACGACAGCAAGGCCACCAACGUGGAAGCAUCAAUGGCUGGGAUCGAAGGGCUGGGAGAUGAAUCUACCGCUGUUAUCCUGCUGGGAGGAAUAGCUAAGGUGCAACCAAUGGUGGGAGGGAGGGAAAAGGAGGGAUGGCUAAGUUUUGGCGUGGUAGGCUGUUCAUUCAUCGCAUUUCUGGUCGACACAUCAGGAGUGCGUCAUUUGGAGUGA